GAGUGGACAGCAGAUGGAGUCUCUGCACCAGAGGGACGAGCCUUGGGAGCCCUCAAGAAGACCUCUCCUGGGAACUGGGGCAGCAAGCUCAUGAAGGGCACAGGAAGAGACCCUCUUAAGUUUCUCAUAAGUGACCGGGACCCCCAGUGUAACCUCCACUGCUCCAGGACUCAGCCCAAGCCCAUCUGCGCCUCUGAUGGGAGGUCUUACGAGUCCAUGUGUGAGUUCCAGCAAGCCAAGUGCCGAGACCCACCCCUGAGUGUGGUCCAUCGAGGUCGAUGCAAAGAUGCUGGCCAGAGCAAGUGUCGCCUGGAGCGGGCCCAAGCCCUGGAGCAAGCCAAGAAGCCUCAGGAAGCAGUGUUUGUUCCAGAGUGUGGCGAGGAUGGCUCCUUUACCCAGGUUCAGUGCCAUACCUACACAGGGUACUGCUGGUGUGUCACCCCGGAUGGGAAGCCUAUCAGUGGUUCUUCUGUGCAGAACAAAACUCCUGUAUGUUCAGGUUCAGUCACCGAUAAGCCCUUGAGCCAGGUUAACUCAGGAAAGAAAGUCUCUUUUCGCUUCUUUUUAACCCUCAAUUCAGAUGACGGGUUGAAGCCAACACCGACGAUGGAGACCCAGCCGUUGUUUGAUGGAGAUGAAAUCACAGCUCCCACUCUAUGGAUUAAGCACUUGGUGAUCAAGGACUCCAAACUGAACAACACGAAUGUAAGAAAUUCAGAGAAAGUACACUCAUGUGACCAGGAAAGGCAGAGUGCCCUGGAAGAGGCUCGGCAGAAUCCCCGAGAGGGCAUUGUCAUCCCCGAGUGUGCCCCUGGGGGGCUGUACAAGCCAGUGCAGUGCCACCAGUCCACUGGCUACUGCUGGUGUGUGCUGGUGGACACAGGGCGCCCGCUGCCUGGGACCUCCACACGUUAUGUGAUGCCCAGCUGCGAGAGUGAUGCCAGAGCCAAGAGCGCGGAGGUAGAGGAUCCCUUCAAGGACAGGGAGCUGCCAGGCUGCCCAGAGGGAAAGAAAAUGGAGUUUAUCACCAGCCUACUGGAUGCUCUCACCACUGACAUGGUUCAGGCCAUUAACUCAGCAGCGCCCACUGGAGGUGGGAGGUUCUCAGAGCCAGACCCCAGCCACACCCUGGAGGAGCGUGUGGUGCACUGGUACUUCAGCCAGCUGGACAGCAACAGCAGCAAUGACAUCAACAAGCGGGAGAUGAAACCCUUCAAGCGCUAUGUAAAAAAGAAAGCCAAGCCCAAGAAAUGCGCCCGACGUUUCACUGACUACUGUGACCUGAAUAAGGACAAGGUCAUCUCACUGCCUGAGCUGAAGGGCUGCCUGGGUGUCAGCAAGGAAGGUGGUAGCCUUGGCAGCUUCCCCCAGGGAAAACGAGCAGGCACAAACCCAUUCAUAGGACGUCUCGUCUAAGGAGCAGAAAAUCCUUGGAAAGUCCAAGGAGACAGGAUGGACCGUCAGACACCAGCCUUCCGUGCUGCCCAUGACUCAGCCACAUCCCGUGUAACAUAAGUGGUGCCCACCGAGUUUGCACUUUUAAUAACUCUCCUUUGUGUGUUUUGUUUCUGGUUUCACUUUUAAACACCAGUGUCUAAUGCCACAGCAGGAAAAGGAAAAGGAAGAAAGACUUUGUUCUCUCUCAUAUUGUAAGUUUUUGGAUCUGCUACUGACAACUUUUAGGAUAUUUUGGGGGAGGGGUAUUGGUGGGGUUGAGAAGAAAGAGAUUUAUAUACUGUAUAUAAAUAUAUAUGUAAAUUGUAUAGUUCUUUUGUACAGGUGUUUGCAUUGCUAUUUGUUCUCUCCCCUCCCUCUCCCUGCUGUGGGUUGUGAGCACUCUGGACUCAUGUUCCAGCUUUCUAGAACCUUUUCUCCAUCCAGCCUACCUGCACACCACCUGGAGGCCGACCUCUGUGUGUGUAUCAGUGGGAACCCUGUGUCUGCAUUGCAGACUCCACUGGCUCUCCUCCAGUGGAGGAGAGCACUGCCCCAGAACACUGGCUUUCACAGAUAGCAAGUCAUUUGGGGCCUUGGCCUUCAAAGAAGUUGGGUUGAUGAGAGUUGGACAUUGCCCCUGGAGAAAAGCAGAGUCCAGAUCAUAGAUAGGCUCCAGUUUUCAAAUGGCUCUGGGGUUCCUCCUAUCAAGACCCCCCCAAGGGGCCCGGGGCUGGUGGGUACCCCAGUAUCUUAGUGACUUAUGAGACCAUUAUCCUCAAAGGAUUUCCAUAAGAUCAGUUUAAACAUUUUCAUCCAUGUUUGGCAUCUACAGGGUAUGAGAAGGGAGGCAGAGAAGAAAGACACACCAUGGGGGCCCUUCAGUCAAUUUGAUAAUCUAGGCAGCACAUGGAAGACAGAAAGCCUGGCCCAAAGAGAAAAGUGCUAGCCCUCUGCAAGCUAUCAGUGAGAUUCCCUAAGUGUCACUAUCUCAGAACUGGGGUAGACUGUGUUUUUACUUCCUCUUCUCCAUCUCCCACUCCUGUAUUCAGUAGCCACCACGAGCCUGAGGGAGGAGUGGAGUCAGUCACCUUGUUGGUAACUCAGCAGUUGUAUCAUUAUUUUAAAGCCCAAUACCAGGUUUCUCUUGUUCCUUCAACUUUUCUUAUGGACUUUCAGACCUAAAGCCCAAUUCCAGAAGUAAAACUGAUCUUGGAUUUUCUAUUUCUACCCUCGCAGAAGGACAGGAAUUAUGACUUAUCUCUGGGGAAAUCCAGGCCUAGCUUUCCACAGGGAAUUACUGACAUUUCAGUGUGGGCUGCCCAGCUUUUGGGAAAGAUGUGCAUCUUCCUCUGCUCAGGUGACAUGCUCAUCCAGAUGGCCCUCAGAGGACACUAAGUGCCUCUUUCUGUGGGCAGCCAUGGUGACAGUGAGGGAAGUCGGUCAGCCCAGGACUGGUGCCCUUGCCAGUUACUUGUGGCAAUCUAGCCUCAGCUUGUAUUCCGCUCCAGUAUCCCCAUAUGUCCAUCUACCUUUGGCAAGUAGGAUUCCAGUUUGGGUCUGGGGGUAUUGGCCCCAUAAGCAUUGCCCUAGUGGGAGGGCCUUCUCAGGACUUGACCUGCUGGAGUCUCAGGUUAGAGAAGGUUCCUGCUGUCCCGGAGAAAGUCACAGAGGUUGAAUUGAAGAUGACUGGUGGACCCACAUGACAUGCUGAGGUAGAAUGGAAGCCCUCUCCCAUUAUCCUCCACCAGAAAAUGCCACAUGCUGGAGCUGGAUGGACUUUGCAGGAGACCCCAGCCCCACUUUCUGGCCUGGAGGAAGCGUGUACACACAGAAAUAACUUCCUUGGAGGAUUUCACAUCUUCCCCAGCCAUCUUCUCCCUCACAUAUGUGUGUGGGCUGUGUUGUGUGGUUUUUCCUUUGGGAAGGAGGGAGGGAGAGAAGGAUACUAUUUGUAGCUUGUUUUAUAAGAAAUAAAGAUG